UUGGUAUAUUCAACGGAAUUCGCUUAUAAGUAUCUUUGAUACACCCCUUUCUUAGCAGCAUUUUGCUGUUGAGAAUUUGAGGCUGAUAGAAAAUCAGUUUGCUGGAAGAAGAGCACAGAGAUGGAUCGUUGCGUAUUUAUAGUGAUAUUGCUAUUACAUUCUAGUAUGCCAUCUGUUUCAGAGCCAACCUGCUCCAGGUUUCAUUACGAAGAGCAGACUCUAGAAAAAAUGAUAAGACAGGAAAUAAAAGUUGAGAAAAUGAAAAGUGAUAUGCAACUAACGGAGCAACGAGUACUCGAUGCUUUAGAGAAACUGAAAACGGAAAGAAGUGAAUUCAAUAAGGAUCUUAUGAAAAAAGAAGGUGAUAUUGAAGUGCUGAAGACAAAAAUGGACGAGGAGCUGAAGAGGAUGAAAGUUAAAACUGACGAAACAAUUGAUAACUAUUCAAAAGAAGUACAGAAAAUACAGGAACUGGCAUUGACGCCAAUUAUUGCAUUCAAAGCAGACACGGCCAAAGAUAAAUCGUUAGGAAACAACAAGGUGUUUGUCUACUCAAAUAUCAUUCUCAACAUUGGCGAUGCCUAUAACAAAAACACUGGUGUGUUUGUAGCACCCGUUAGUGGAUUAUAUCUGUUUACAGCACAGGUCUGUUUAACUAGCAACACUUGGGUUUAUGUUGGAAUCGUCGUGAAUGAUAGACCUAUCUCUAAAACAAGUAUAGGAGAAAAAACGUGGUGGAAAUGUUAUACCAUUGAUGCAAUUACAGCGGUUGAAAAAGAAAACGAAGUAUCGGUAAAAUGUACAAGUAACUGUGAAAACAAUGAAAGCUUAUCCGAAAACACAUACGCAGUAAACAGCUUCUCUGGUGUUCUUAUACAUAAAAAAGUUUAAAUAACUACUUUUGGUGUCAGUCAUAUUUACUAGAAACACUUACUUUUAGCAAACAUCUAUUUUCUUAUAAAAUGUUAACUUGCAGCUAUACCUAUGUUUUAAAGUUCUUAUGGCAAAAAGGCGUGAAUCGAUAUAUACGGAAUAUUUUGUUGUAGUAGCUUUCUGAGGCUCUGUAUUUUGCUACGAGCAGCGGUGGAAAAUUGAAAAUUGGUCUCGCGAGAUAUCAAUUUUCCAACGUUGCGAGUAGAAAAAUUCAUAGUGUCAGAAAGCUUCUGCAACAUAUUUUUUUUUAUUAAAUACCUUUUCGUUUUAUUCAGAAAAUGAAAUGUAUUUGUCAAGAAAUAAAGUCAAGACUGACGGAUGAAUACGUAAUUCUUGCAAACUGGCCACGCCUUUAAUAAUUUUGGUUCCCGUUUCAAAAUGCUACGUUAUACAAAGCUAAGAUCGGAACCAACGUCAAAAAUAAUCCGACACUUCCAUAUGGUACCGUAUUUAUCACUAACAUAAUACGGAAAUUUCUAUCUGUUGAAGCGUAUUUGCGCUUCAAUAUUUGCAUGUAUUUUAGGAAGAAAAUUUAUAGGUAUAUAAAAAAAGCAAUAUUGGGAACUUGACAUACGUAUAUACCAAUUUUAUAUCAUAAUUUAUCAAUAAAACAUAGAUUAUCAUAAGCAAUUAAUUCGAUAAGGCGCAAUUGUACACAAAUGAAGAUUGUGUUUUAUUAUUUCAUCCAAAAAGUACGCAGAUAUGCAGUUAUAUUUUGGUGUGGGUUUUAGUUACAUAAAUGCCUUGAAGCGAUUAUUUAUCAAGGAAAAAAACAUCUGGUGCUUCUCCGUGCAUUAAUUCUUGCAUAAACAGGGAAAACAAGUAAAACCAUUUGAACAACGUCAUUAUGUACUUUUGUUUACCAUAUACAUUUUCUAGAAUCUACUUUAGUGUCAUGCAUGAAAAAAUGACUUUCCAUUAUCUUGCUUUCAGACUCUUUAAAGUAAUAUUUAAGAACAUUUUUGUCUUGAUUAUUCUCAGAACAUGAAAGAUUAAGUAUUAUGUACUAUGCACUAUUUGUUUAACAUAGGAUAGUUCAGAAUUUAAUGCUUGUAAGAUGUACGACUGCAUGUAUUAUGUUCCGUUUUUGUGUAAUUAUUCAAUGUUUUAAAGUAUUACAAUUAUGAUAAAUAAAUCGUUUUGCUUU